CUAGGACAAGAAGAUUCUAGAGGUGAACUAAUCUUUCUGUUUCUCAUAAUUUGUCUUUGGUUGCAUUAUCAGUUUUUCCUUAUUGGGACUAUAAUCAAAGUUUGGGUAAGUAGACGCGUUGGGGGGGAUUUGGCUAUUGAAAAUGUAACAUUUUAAUUUAAUUCUGCUCAAAUGAACGAAAUGAACUAAAUUACUUGAAUAAAGAUUCGUUCAUUUAGCUGAACGAGACAGAAGUAAAAUGAUCCGAUUUUCCCAUCACUACUGCAAACUUGUCCAAAUCUGGCAACCCGGCGGUGUCGAAAUACUACUGGUGAGUGGGCAGUGGGCGGGAUCACACAGGCCAAAACAAAAACAGAAAUUCCGGCUGGAAUGGAAAUUUCAAAGUAGAAUAUACUGGCUGUACCAUUGUUAUCAGAGAAGUAUUUCAACUUAGCAUGCUUCCUAAUUCUCUAAUGACAUAUUAUGGUCAUUUUAUGAUCUAGUACUGUAAAAAUAUUACAUAUAGCACCUUUGAUUAUUUGGGUUACACUUUCUAAAAUGAUAUUAUUUAUGUAGAAUAUAUUUUAAAACAUGAAUAACGUUAAUAUCUGUUUGCAUUUUGUGACAGUUGAAGGGCAUUCGCUCCCUAACAUUCAGUGAACAAGGAGGGAAUAUAGACAUUACUUUGAAUAAUAAAGCAAGCUUUUCUGUGAAAGUGUUUUAGAAAGUAAGUUAAAAUUAAUAAGUAAUGUGAUUAUAUUUUAUGGAUAAAGUAAACUGUAAAGUCAUUAAUAUGAUUACAGUUUUAGAGAAGUAAUUUUUAGUGAAUUACUUUUUUUGGCUUACCUAACACUGGGCGCUACUCUGAAUAAGGUCAGUUGUGCCCUAGCUGUUAACAUUUGCUACAGUAGUGUUUUUACUUGAAUAAUUAAUUAAUCUCUGGAAGUCGACAAUAUUUGUGGCAAUGUAGGCCUAAUGUACUUUUUUUUUUUUUUUUUUUUUUUUUUUUCUUACAGGAAUGAAAUCAGUCCUUUAGUAUAAAGCUAAAGCACACAGAACAUCUAUCGAGAACAGCUGCAGUGCUUUCUGUUCAACAGCAGUUCUAGGUGUUUGAGUUCUAGGGCAUUUCCUGCUGUUCCUCUUUCGUCCUACUCAGACUUGAAACUUGAAGCAGUUUGUUUUAACGUUUUUAUUCAGUAUUAUCAGCUAUGGAGGUCCUAGGUCCUGAAAGUGACUGGAGAAGUCCAGCUUUCCGACAGAAAGUAGUGGCUCAUCUAGAGGACGCUAUGAGAAAAGCAGGAACUGCUCACACAAAGUCAAGCACUGACAUGGAGAACAGUGCAUUUGUCAAGGCAAAUACCAGAGAGGAUUAUUUGUCUUUGGUUGCAAGGCUGAUAAAUCAUUUUAGAGACAUUCAUAAAAAGGCACAAGGGGGGCCAGACCCCAUGAAUGCCCUGCAGAAUUUAACAGGAGUGGGUGGAGGUGGUCCUGGCUUCACUGGCAUUGGACCACGCCCACCUGGUGCUCCUAUGAGUGGUAUGGGAACCAUGGGGCAAAUGCAAAUGGGUCAACUUUCCAUGCAGGGGGUAGCAAGAGGCCAGCAGGCUGGAACUGCUGGGCAGAUGCAAAUGAUGCAGCAGCAGCAGCAGUCCAUACAGUUUCAGCAGUUCCAGACACAGCAGCAGCAGGCAUCAAUGCAGCCUCAGCAGCAAACAACUAUGCAGCAGAAUCCCAUGCAGCAGCAGUUGAACCAGCAGGUCCAACAGAUGAAGCUCCAGCAGCAUCUCCAACAGCAGCCCCAUCAGUAUCAACAGCUGCAGCAUCAAAAUCUUCAACAGCAGCACACCCAGAAUCAGCAGCAGCAGCAACAACAGAAUCAGUUGCACCAAAACAGACUCCAGCAGCAGCAGUUAGCACAACUCCAACAGCAACUGCAACAACAGCAACAGCAGCAAGCCUUGGCCCAGUCUUUAGCACAAAUGACUCAAGGACAGCAUCAACAAAUGAACUCCCUCAGCCAACAGCAGCAACAGCUAAAGAUCCAGGCGAUACAGCAAGCGAGAGCUUUGCAGCAGCAGCUGCAACAGCAACAACAACAGCAGCAGCAGCAAGUUCUGCAGGUCCAUCAGGCGGCCCAGCUUUCAGGAGUCCCUGGACAGAUGAUGCCCCGUCCUGGGAUUCAAAUUCCACCCCGGUUGCCCCGUGCCACCCUGAACUCUGCCAUUCCUCAAAACUCAGUUGCCAUGGGAGGACAGCAAAUGCCACAGGGUCAGCAAAUGAUGUCAUCACCCUCUCCAGUUCAGGUGAAGACGCCCCAGUCAAUGCCUCCUCCCCCACAGCCUCAACCAUCCCCCCAGCCCCCCUCCUCUCAACCGACCUCUGUUAGUUCUGGUCCAACUCAUUCACCAGGAGGUUUCCAACCCAGUACCUCUCCGCAGCCUUCCCAUAGUCCCGCAUCUUCAUGCACACCCCAGAGUUACCCCCUCCAGGUACCCUCACCUGGACCUCUCAACACCCCGGAGAAUCUAAGCUCUGUGAUGAGCCCAGCAGGAACCUCGCAGUCUGAGGACCAGCAAUACAUGGACAAACUAAAGCAGCUGUCGAAAUAUAUUGAGCCCCUGCGCAGGAUGAUUAACAAAAUAGACAAAAAUGAAGAUAGGAAGAAAUAUCUGAGCAAAAUGAAGAGUUUGCUUAAUAUUCUGACAGACCCAAACACAAGGUGUCCUCUGAGGACUCUACAGAAGUGUGAAAUAGCAUUGGAGAAACUGAAGAAUGACAUGGCCGUUCCCACUCCUCCCACUCCUCCCCCUCCUCCAGUGCAGUGUACCAAAAAGCAGUACCUGUGCCAGCCCCUGCUGGAUGCUGCCAUGGCAAAUAUCCGCUCCCCGGUUUUCAACCAUUCACUUUACCGCACCUUUGCUCCUGCCAUGACAACAGUUCACGGACCACCGAUCACGGGUCCUUCAGUUCCUUCCCGCAAACGGAAAUUUGAUGAUGAUGAUGAACGCCAGACCAUCCCUAACAUACUUCAAGGAGAGGUGGCUCGGCUUAAUUCCAGAUUCCUGGUCAAUCUGGACCCAUCCUUCUGCAGCAACAAUGGAACUGUACAUCUCAUAUGCAAACUAGAUGAUACAAAUCUUCCCAGUGUUCCACCUCUCCAGUUGAGCAUUCCAGCAGACUACCCUGAUCAGAGCCCACACUGGGAAGAUGUUGGUCAGCAGUAUGAGGCCAACCAGUUCUUGCAGACUGUGCAUAAGAACAUGACCUCUAAGCUGCUCCAGCUUCCAGAUAAGCACUCUGUGACGGCCCUGCUGAACACCUGGGCUCAAAGCGUGAGGCAGGCUUGCCUUUCAGCUGCUUAAGAGAUAUGGCUCCCUAUCUUCAGCAGUAGCUCAUUAUAAUCCAUGCACCUCCAUGGCACAAUGGCAAAUUAAUGAUUUGUUCUUUGUGUUUCUUUGUCUUUUUUAUUUACAUAAAUAUACAACAAUUUUGUUUAGUCCAGUACACUAAAGCCUUAAAAGUUUGUGCAUUGCUUGAUUAAUAAAGUAUUUUUGAAUGCUG